AUAAUCAUAUUCAUAAUAUCAUCACUAAAUCAUAUCAGUGUUUGAUUUGAUAAUUCUAUAGGUAGGUAUUGUAAAACUUUAGUGUAAACGGCAAAUUAUCCGUAAUCAAUGCCCUACAUUUUGAUUAGAGGUAAUCUGGCAUCUUAUGGGCAUAAAAACCCGUGGAGAGUAUUGGUAUCCGGCCUAAAAGCUGGAGAUAUCGACCAGUUAAAAAGAUUUGCUUGUGGCGGAUAUUGCGACGAUUCCACAAUCGUAUAUCUUCAACAUCCUUGCGUCAUACUCAGCGCCUUAGAAGUAUUAGGUUAUAAAGUUGUAGCAUCGAGUUCAACAGCUGUUAAACAAGAUUAUAAUGAGUACAUGUGGACUAUGAGGAAAGAGUUUUCGGAACCAGAACCAUCAAUUAUUGUGGAACAAGAUAACAUUACAAAUUUCAGUAAAGAGGCUAUGCAUAUAGGAAACUACCAACAUUCAAACAAAGACGCUGAGGUUUAAGCUUGCAUUAUAAUUACAAUAUUUUUUUAUUCUUAUUAAAUGUUUAUUAUUUGAUAUAAGAACUAUGGACACGAAAGGCAGUCAAAACCAAUCUGCAAAUAACUUGAGUACUAUACCAUCUGAGGAUGGUGUUGUUUAUAUUGCUGUUAAAGGUUCUUUAUAUGCCAAUGACAGCUUUGUGUUUGGUUUAGGACAAGAAGAAGUGAAAGCUUUAACUGCAAAGUUCCCUGGCUUAGGAGUGGAUGUUGUCAAUGGUGUCUCAAUCAAAACAAAUGUUUUGCAGACACUUAACUCCUUAGGCCAAUUGGGCUACAAGAUUAUUUCAAGCACUGGAGAAACAGAAAUUACUUGGACCUUACAGCGAGAAAUUUAAUUUAUUUUAUGACAUCAAAUUAUCUUUGUUGAAUAUAACUUUUAGUUCUGUAAAAAUGGACGAUAACACUAAAUGUAACCAUGCCAGCUGUUCUAUGAAAAAUGUUAAUAAAUCAGUUUGCCAGACUCUUUCAGAAAUGGACUGGGAAAGAGGGUUAUGGAAUGCAGCCUUUUCUGGUGAUGAAGAAAAAGUUAAGAUGUUAAUCAACAAAGCAAGGAAUGCUAAAGAAAUUGUAAAUUGCCCAGACAAUGCAGGCUACACUCCACUUCACUAUGCAGCUCGUAGUGGUCAUGUUAAUAUAUGUAAUAUACUGUUACAAAAUGGUGCAGAUAUUAAUGCUGAAACUAGAAGUGGCAAAGCAACUCCUCUACACAAAGCUGCUGCAGCUGGUAUUAUUAUUGAGUAUUCAUAUAUAUAUAUCAUUCUUUUUUAUAGCAAAAAAUUAAGUUUUAAUACAAUUUAUAUAUUGUUCCUUAACAAUCUGCGACUUGAUAUUGUUAUUUUAGGGUGUAACUGCACAAUACCAGAUCUCUCGAACCUUUCACACUGCUCUUGCACACUUAACUGGAAUUUCUAAAUAAACCAAAAUAGUGCAGCAGCCUCGCAAGCCAAAUGCUCGGUCUGUGUGGACAUGCUCAAAGGUGCCUCAUUGUGCGCUUUCGUUCGAUGUGGACGGUGAUUUUGGCUCGCCAGAAUAUUCUAUAGUGUUGAUGUACUCGAAACAAGUAUUGCACGCUUGCUAUAAGUCUCCUCUCGCUAAAAAUCUUAAAGUAAAAUAAUGAGCAUAACUUUUCAAAUUCUUGUAGGGACUAACCUGUAAAGUUAUGUAUGGUUUUAUCAUAUUAUGUCAAAUACUUUAGUAAUUUAUUACCAUAUUGAUUGUGACGCUCAUAAAGAUUUUUAAUUCACAAGUGUCUUGGUCUUUUUUUAAAACGUGACCAUUUCGUUUUUCUUAAUCAUUAAGCUACUAUGAAAAUAGCUGCAGCAGAAAUUACAUAACUGUCCAUUUGUAUGCUCGAGGGCUUCUGAUGGAUGGGUCUGCCUUGUGAGUCUCGCCUCUGUGUUUACGGGCAAACUACUGUGGCUGCCUCUUGAAGCAAAGCUCGCGAGCCGCUCACCGAGGAUGCCGCGCGAGCCCGUGCGCCCGGUGUGGACGCGGCUAAUACCAUUUUUGCUGAGGAUACCAAAGGAACUUCAAAUUGUGAAAAAAACAAUUGACAUGUUACUUUCCACCAACAAUUAUUUUAAUUGAUUUAUGAGUUUCAUAUGCUUUAAAUAUAUAACUUUCGAAAUUCAAAAAUUUAUGAGCGGCUAGGAGCACAGUAGUUUUAGGGUGCCCUAUGUAGCAUUAUAUUUUCAAUACCUGUUUUUGGUUUUUAAUUAUUUAUUAGCUAGGGUUGGUGUUUGUAUGUAUUGUGGAGGUAAUAAUUGUUUACGUCUUUUCUGUUUAGAAUGUUUUCUGGUAUCAUGGAUUUGAUUUUUUGGAGUUUGAAAUGAAACAUGCUUUUAACGGUGCGGGUUUCUUCGUCUAUUAUAGGCACUGUUUAUGAAUUUGCUCAAAGUGGUAGAAUAACAGUGCGGGAGUUCACACUAAGAGUUUUAGAAUAGAAAUAUAUCUCAGUAGUAUUUAUUUACAUGUUUUUGGUGCUCAAACUCUAAGAGUUCUACCUAAGCUACUAAGCUUUUACUGUAGGUGGAUUAGGUGGAUCUAGCCUUUAAUUUUAAUACAUUGUUUCCAUUUUUAUCAAGACUAAUCAGCUCUCUUUCAAAGUAGUUUUUUUUUAAUAUUCAUAUUUCACACGCAAAACAAUUUUAUAUCACAAUACGUGUGCCACUCGGGAAUAGUGUUUUUUUUUUCUAUAAUGAAAAAUUUUAAUUUUAUGAGAUUUCCGCCUACAAACCUUCCUUGUCAUCAUUACAGCCUAUCACAAGUCAACUGCUGAACAUGUGCCUCCCCAAAAGGUUGCCACUUUUAUAACAUUAGUGUAUAAUGUAGAUUAUUCCAUAUGAGUGUAUAAUCAACUUGCAUCAAUCACCUCAGUAAUUUUAACCUACAUUAUGAGAAAGUUGUGUAAUGGGCAAACAUAUAAAACGUGAAAAACAAUGUAACUAUUUCAUUAUAAUAUAUUUCAUUGUAUGAUUUUCAGGCAAAGCUACAACACUAAAAUUCCUCAUUCAAUCUGGAGCUUGUAUCGACAAACAAGAUAUUGACGGUCAGACAGUACUUCACAAAGCAAUCCAAAACAAAAGAUAUGAUUUAGUGAGUAUAUUGACUGAUGUUUGUCCCUCAAUUGAUACUAUAAGAGAUUACAAAGGCAAUCUGGCAACUGAUUAAAAUAGAACAUUAUAAUAAAUAUCAAUAAAAGUUACAGCCUACUAUGUCCCACUCCUGGGCACAGGCCUCCUCUCAUUUCUGAGGGUUUUUAUUAAUUAUUUAUAAAUAUUAAUAGAAAUUAUUAAUUAAUUAAUUAAAAGUUAUUGUUUCAUGUGUUUUGUUGUUGGUGUAUCUUAUAAAUAAAUAGAAAAAGAAAUUGAAUAAAAUCCGUAAAAAUAGUGUUAUUCAAUGUGUAGUGUUCGCGUAAAUAUAAGAAAUCAUUAUAGAAAAAGAUAUAUUUUUAGGUUGUAAAACAUACUACUGAAAUUAAUUAUGGGCAAGUUUGGGAUGCUAUAGUAGCACCUCUCUUAUGAUUUGUUUUUACAGAAAUGGCUUCAUUGUGGGAGACAAUUUCAUAGUUUCACAAUUUCAAAAGUUACCAUAAUAUUAUGUCACAUAGACAUAUUAUGGUAAUUUUAAAACAGCUUCAUCUUAAAUAUAUUAUUACAUUGUAUAUCAGUCAUACAAUAUUGAAGCGUUAUUUUUUAUCUCAAAGAAAAAUGUAUUAAGACAUAAUUUUACAGGAGAUAGAUUAAUGGAAGAAAAAUAAAUUUCCUCCUACUUACAGAGGGUCCAUACUAUUUUUAUUUUAUCUUUUUUACGGUAACUGUAGGUGUGGGUAAAAGUGGAACUUCUUUUUAUGGCGGGUUUUCAGAGUAUUGGUAAAAUUACUUUUACAUUUAAGUACUAAACUGAAAUUUAUUAAAUUCUGAAAUCCAUUUCCAAUCUGCUUUUUUACAAAUUAUGUAAAAUCUAAGUGAACUCUAUGCUUUUGCAAACUUGCCAUCCUUUAUCUUAAAUUUAUGAUAUUUUAUUGAAACGUUUGAUCCUUGCUUUAAGGAGAAAUUAUCGGUAGUGUUUUAAUUUCCCAUAAAGAAGUAAUUUAUAUCCAUUACAUAUUAUUGUUUUGAAUAUAUGUACCAGUUUUUAUUUAAAGAUAACUUUAAAAGAUAAAUGUUAUUUCUACUGAAUAAGUGAGAGGUAUGUUUUGAAAUUUUAAUUUUUUGUAUAAUCUUUAAGUAGGUAUAAUGCAAUAAUAAUUAGUAUAACAAUACAUAUAAAGAUUAUUUUAAUUUUCCUUGUGAUUUUUUGUUUAAUUUUAUGUUACCAAAGACAAGAGUUUAUAUCAUGUAACCAUUGUUAUAAAACAUAUAAUUUUACUCUUUUUAAGUUUAAGUUCUUUUUUACAAAACAUGGUAUGCAACAUUUAUGUAUAUUAGAUAUUAGUUUGAGGGUUUAUACUAAAUAACAACAGUAAAAGACGUAGAUCAGAGAUCAAGAAUUUGUAUUUGUUGCAUAACUACAAUUUGAUUGAAUGUUAAUAAUAUCGAUAUAAUAUUUGUAGCUCUAACAAAUUAGAUACCUCUGUACGAAUAUACUAUAGAGUAACAUCAUUAUUUUAAUAAAAUAAAAAUAUCACUAAGAAUAGAUUACCAUUCUCAUAGUUUUAUAUUUUCACUAAUGUACACCUUUAUACUAAAUAUACUGUAUCUUGAUGU